AUGGCGCCACCUCGGAGGAAGCGCCUGAGGAGAGCUGCGAAGGCCCCGGUGGAGGCUCCGGGUAUGGCAGCCAAUGACUUUUGGGGACAAGAGAGAAGAGACCUGAGUGGGCCGGAGGCUGUUCCUGAAGGAAACAAUCCAGUACCGGAUGAGCCCGGGGAGAGCAGUCCUUCUGCAGGAACAUUUGAGGACGAUGUGGGGAAUGAAGUACAGAAGAUGCUGGAAAGGCUUGGAGUUGACAUUAAACAGGCUCUUCUCACAAAGAGAAAAAUGUUCGAAAUGGGUACAAAAGCUUCUAUCAAAACCACUAACGAAACAAUUGAGCAUGUUUGGAAACUACAACAAGAACAAAGGCAGAAUCUUCAUCUCAAAUAUUCUCAGCAGUUUCUGACUUUGUUUUGGGAGUGGAAUGUAGGCAUGCAGAAAGCCCAGAAACAACAAGAAAAACUAGCCAGUAUGUUUCAAGAGCAACGAAAGGUUCUUCAACAAGCUAGAGUUGUUCAGAAUCAGAGACUGCAAAAAAUUAAAAAUUUAUAUGUGCAAUUCUUAGAGAGUAUGCAGGACUUAGAGAAGGACCAUGAACAUCUUCUUACUGAUGAACAAAGUGAAGUUAGAGAAGAAAUGACCAAGUUGCAAAACAAAAUUAUGAUGGAAGUUCAACAGUAA